CGGGGCGGGGUCAGCGCGGGGUUGGCAGGGGAUGCGCGGAUAGGGAGCCAGGGAACCCGGGGAGCCAGAGCCGGAGGGACCGCGUACCUGCUGCCGCCGAGCCCGGGAGCCAGGAGCAGACGACCGAGUCAUGUGGCUGGAAAUACUCCUCGCCUCAGUGCUGGGCUUUGUCAUCUACUGGUUCAUCUCCAAGGACAAGGAGGAAACUUUGCCACUUGAAGAUGGGUGGUGGGGGCCCGGGGUGAGGCCCACAGCUGGGGAGGACGAGAGCAUCCGCCCGUUCAAGGUGGAAACGUCAGACGAGGAGAUCAACGAUUUACACCAGAGGAUUGACAAGGUCCGUUUAACCCCACCUUUGGAGGACAGCCGCUUCCACUACGGUUUCAACUCCAACUAUCUGAAGAAAAUCAUCUCCUACUGGCGGAAUGAAUUUGACUGGAGGAAGCAGGUGGAGAUUCUCAACAGAUACCCUCACUUCAAGACUAAGAUUGAAGGGCUGGACAUCCACUUCAUCCACGUGAAGCCCCCCCAGCUGCCCUCCGGCCAGACCCCAAAGCCCUUGCUGAUGGUGCAUGGCUGGCCUGGCUCCUUCUACGAGUUUUAUAAGAUCAUCCCGCUCCUGACUGACCCCGAGAACCAUGGCCUGAGCAAUGAGCACGUUUUUGAAGUCGUCUGUCCAUCCAUUCCUGGCUAUGGCUUCUCAGAGGCAUCCUCCAAGAAGGGCUUCAACUCAGUGGCCACUGCCAGGAUCUUUUAUAAGCUGAUGCUGCGGCUGGGCUUCCAGCAAUUCUAUGUUCAAGGCGGGGACUGGGGAGCCCUGAUCUGCACCAACAUGGCCCAGCUGGUGCCCAGCCACGUGAAAGGCCUGCACUUGAACAUGGCAUUCAUUUUAAGAAAUUUCUACACCCUGACCCUUCUCCUGGGAUGGCGUUUUGGGAGGCUUUUUGGCUACACCAAGAGGGAUAUGGAGCUGAUGUCCCCCUUGAAGAAGAUCUUCUUCAACUUAGUGAGGGAGAGCGGCUACAUGCACAUCCAGAGCACCAAGCCGGACACCGUAGGCUGUGCUCUGAAUGACUCUCCCGUGGGACUGGCUGCCUAUAUUCUGGAGAAGUUUUCUACCUGGACCAAUCCAGAGUUCCGAGACCUGGAGGAUGGAGGCCUGGAGAGGAAGUUCUCCCUGGACGAUCUGCUGACGGGCACGAUGCUCUACUGGACGACAGGCACCAUCACCUCCUCCCAGCGCUUCUACAAAGAGAACCUGAGACUGGACAAUACGCAUGAGGGGAUAAAGGUCCACGUGCCCACGGGCUUUGCUGCCUUCCCUUGUGAGUUAAUACACGUCCCAGAAAAGUGGGUGAAGUCCAAGUACCCGAAACUCAUCUCUUAUUCCUACAUGCCCCGUGGGGGCCACUUUGCUGCCUUUGAGGAGCCAGAGCUGCUCGCCCAGGACAUCCACAAGUUCGUGGGGCUGCUGGAGCAGCAGUGACCCCGGCGGGGAACGGCUGUCACCUCGCAGGCAGCCCCUGCCCUGGCAUGGCAGGCUUCCUCCUGACACCCGCCCUUUUCCCCAGAAGCCCCCAGUCUCCCAGCCCAGCUUCCAGUAGAAGUGAGGCUGGCAGGGAGGCCCCUUCCCAGUCCUCUGUUGGUGGAGUUGAUCCUUUCCCCAGGAAUGUGCUUGCUUCCGUCCCCUGCCCGUGCUGGGACCCCAUGCUCACCCCUCCACACGCACUCCCCACACACUUUGUUAAGCAACAUGGCUUUGAUGAUAAAUGAUUUUCCUUCUAA